CGCGCCGGGGGCGGGGCCGCGCCCGUGCUGCCCUCGCGCGGCCGCAGGGACCGCGCGGCCCGUGCGCGCCCCCGUGGCGCCCCCGGGAGCGCGCCCGGCGCAGCCCCGCGCCCGGGCGUGGGGCCCGGCUCGCCCCGGCGGAAUCAGCCGGCGGCGGGAAAGGGCCUUGAACAGGAGGCAACGACACGGAACGGCGACGUGGCGCCGGCGGAGGGGCGGGGAGCAGAACGGGACAGUGGCGCCGCAGAGGCCCAGCCCAAAAGUUGGCACUAAGCCAGCCGGUGCUGCACUAACGGGGGCUGCCCAGGCACCGCUCCAGUACCCACCCAGCCUCCCUCCAUGAGACAGACACCCAGAGGAGCAUCCAUACGCACAAGAUGAUUAGGAAGAUAACCCUCAGCCUGGGACGACACGUGUCCUCCAUGGCACGUGGGGCCACCCAGGUGAGAAGACUUCUGCAUGGUGGUUAUGUCAGGAUUCAUCCCUCUGUACAGGAAGCUCUGGUGGAGGGGAGACCCGUUGUAGCCUUGGAAAGCACCAUCAUUACACAUGGCAUGGCCUAUCCUCUGAAUUUGAGCAUGGCCAGAGAGGUUGAAGAAAUUGUAAGAGCAAAUGGAGCAGUGCCAGCCACUGUAGGUAUUUUAAGGGGCCAAAUCCAUGUGGGACUCACAGACGAGGAACUCAAGUUCUUGGCAAGCAGUAAAAAUGCAGUUAAAGUGUCUCGCAGAGAUUUUCCUUUCGUCCUCAGCCAGGGCUUGUCCGGUGGCACUACUGUGUCUGGAACAAUGAUCGUGGCACACAAAGCAGGAAUUCCUGUGUUCGUGACAGGUGGCAUAGGAGGUGUCCAUCGGGAUGGGGAGAACACUCUGGAUGUGAGUGCUGACUUGACAGAGCUAGGACGAACGCCGGUGGCUGUUGUAUCUGCAGGAGCCAAGUCUAUCCUUGAUAUUGGCAGGACACUAGAAUAUCUGGAGACUCAGGGUGUGUGCGUGGCUACCUUUGGAGAAUCAAGAGAGUUCCCAGCCUUCUUCUCACGCCAGAGUGGCUUCCAAGCACCAUACCAUGUCCAGGAUGAAGAGGAGGCAGCUAAACUUAUUGACAGUGCUCUGGGGCUGGGCCUGAGCAGUGGGGUGCUGAUUGCAGUGCCCUGUCCCCAGGAGCGAGCUGCCGAGGGCCAGGCCAUCGAGGAGGCCAUCCAGCAAGCUCUCAGCCAAGCCAGAUCCAAAGGAAUCACAGGCAAAGAAGUGACCCCCUUUUUGUUACAGAAGCUCACAGAAUUAACUGAUGGGAAAUCAUUGGACUCUAACCUUGCACUGAUCCAGAACAAUGCCAGAGUGGGCAGCUGCAUUGCAGUGGCCCUCAGCAAGCUGCAGAAAGCCAGAAGGAAGGGGAGCCAACCUGGGCAAAAGGACAUGACUGCACCCCAACCAGUGGUGAUUGGCGGUAUCAACAUUGACUUUAUAGCCAAGGCACAGAACCCUGAGAUCCUGGGUGGUGGACAAACAAAUGCUGGAAGAGUGAGACAAACCUUUGGUGGUGUUGGAAGGAACUUGGCAGACUGUUUAAGCCGUCUUGGACAAGCUCCUCUCCUUUUAUCAGCCGUGGGGAAGGAUGAGCAUUUAGAGUCUGUCCUGCACUACUGCCACCACAUGGACAUGAGCGGUGUCCUUCAGCUGGAGGGGAAGAGCACAGCCACUUACUGUGCCGUGGUCACCAGUGCCGGGGAGCUCAGCGUUGGCUUGGGAGACAUGGACAUCCACCACCAGAUAACAGAGCAAUAUGUGUCCCAGUUCAAGGAGAACCUGUGUCAGGCCCCACUUGUUUGCAUUGAUGGAAAUGUGCCUCUCUCCACUAUUCAGUACGUGUGCCAACUAGCUAGAGAGCACCAGCUAGCAGUGUGCUAUGAGCCAACAGAUGAGAACAAGGCCUCUAAGCCAUUCCUCUCAGACAGCUGGAAAGCACUCACAUACAUUUCCCCCAACCUGCAAGAGUUGAGAGCAAUAAAUCGGACCCUCGGGAACCCUCUGCCAGCAGAGCUGCCAUCCAGGUUGGAGGAUGUUGUCCAGGCAGCAGUGGCCCUGGCCUGCCCUUUGCUGGCCCACCUGCACUGCGUGGUGGUGACCCUUGGCGCUCACGGCGUCCUCCUGUGCGGCAGGAGCCUGGGGGGGAGCAUCUCCCUUUAUCCAGGAGCUCACAAACAGGCUGCUGCUGCCAGGCUCUGUGCUGCCCACUACCCCGCCAUCCCCAUCAGCAGGGAGGAGAUAGUAAACGUCUCAGGAGCUGGUGACAGCUUAAUGGCAGGAAUCCUUGCAGGAGUGCUUGCUAAACAUGACACAAGCACAUGUGUCCGGAUGGGUCUGCUGGCUGCCAGCUUGUCUCUCCGUUCCUAUGAGCCCAUUUCUCCCGAAAUCAGCACUUCCAGUGUCAGCCAGGAGCAAGUCAAGAGCAGGAGCUGGCCAGAGGCAAAGGUAUGGAAGAUGGACUAGAACACUCUGGCUUUCUCAUCUAUCACCUCAUUGCACUUGCAGCAAUCCUGUUUUCAGGAACUGGACUGUGUUUUGAGCUUUGAGAACAUUUAUCUGCUUCGGUCCUGAGUAAACCCUCAAGAAAGGAGGCCCUACCCAGGGAACAUCUCUGGAAUGAAAAGCUGAUUUCUGGUCUUUCAGACCUCCUGGUUUUCCAACCUCCAGGCUUUCUCGAUUUUCUGUUGAGGAAAUUCUAUAGAUUUUCUCUUCCUCCACCUUGUGUCACUGUUGUCCAUUAUCACGGUAGCUCUUCUGUCAUUGACCCCUGAAUCUUCAGGACCAUGUCUCUUCAGCUGGGCCCAGCAGCAACAUCUGCUCUUGCUGCUUACUCUUUCCUAUCCAAGAGGUCCCAUGGAUCAUAACCUGUGGCAGGGUGCAGCUGGCAGGAACAUGACACUGUAGGAUAACCUCAUCCAUCUUCCCAAGCCAGCCAGCACACACUACACCUUCUUGCUCUGGAGUCCAAUGCCCCUGGAGAAAGUAGGCAAGACAAAAUAAAGAAGAGUGACAAGGGACCAGCUGGUGGCCUUUAAAAGCCCCUUGUUCCACAUGCCUUCCUCUGAUCUUGGGGCUUCCUUCCUCCUUCUUUAGUCCUGAGUAUCAAGUCUGAAGCAAAAGAGAUCAGAGGGAGCCAAAGCAUCUCCCAUGGAAGCCAUAAGGAAAAGUCACCUUCUCUCUCUAAACCUGAAAUGUGCACAGGAUGCGACUGCGGGUGCAAACAGAUUGGUGAACACUGAUUCAUUAAAACUGAUUCAUUACAACUGAUUUUAUUAAAACUGAUUUCUAGCAGAGCUGGGUCUCGGUGCUGACUGGUUCCUAAACCUGACUGAUAGUAAACCUGGAGUACAGACCCACCCUCUGUUUCAUCCACAGACCACGGUCAGACCCCUUGGCUGAGGAGCAGCUCCCUGGUGUCUGACACAGCACUGAAGUCAACCAAAGCUUGAGCAGGGCAGCUCUAACACCACUCUCCUGGGUGGGCUCUGCUGUUUAACCAGUGAACUCCCAC